GCGGGUUUCUGUCGUGACUUUUCCGGGGGCAACUUCGCAGCCCCUCUUUUAUCCUUUAAAGUAAAACGUGUCCUCGACGCACUCUCGUCCCUGCCGCACGCGUUUCUUGGGGUCGGCCGCGGCAGCGGGAGGGGCGGGGCUGACGGAAACCUGGGGCAGCUGCGCGGGGUCACGUGGGCGUGUUGUGGGGGGAGGGGCACGGCCGCGCGGUCGGUUCCGGGCGGUUGGGCGCGCGAGCCAGCGAGGGAGCGAGGGUAGCCGCGCCCGCUGCCGCCUCCCCUGUUCUGUAUGCGGCUGUGCCCCGGCGCGGCCGCCGCCGAUCGCAGCAGCAGCAGCCGCCGUCGCCGCGGUUGAUGUGGUUGGGCCGGGGCUGAGGAGGUCGCCAAGAUGCCGCAGUCCAAGUCCCGGAAGAUCGCGAUCCUUGGCUACCGGUCUGUGGGGAAAUCCUCAUUGACAAUUCAGUUUGUUGAAGGCCAGUUUGUUGACUCCUAUGACCCAACCAUAGAAAACACUUUCACAAAGUUGAUCACAGUAAAUGGACAAGAAUAUCAUCUUCAGCUCGUAGAUACAGCUGGGCAAGAUGAAUAUUCCAUUUUCCCUCAGACAUACUCCAUAGAUAUUAACGGAUAUAUUCUUGUGUAUUCUGUUACAUCAAUCAAAAGUUUUGAAGUGAUUAAAGUUAUCCAUGGCAAAUUGUUGGACAUGGUGGGGAAAGUGCAAAUACCUAUUAUGUUGGUUGGGAAUAAAAAAGACCUGCAUAUGGAAAGGGUGAUCAGUUAUGAAGAAGGGAAAGCUUUGGCAGAAUCGUGGAAUGCAGCUUUUUUGGAAUCUUCUGCUAAAGAAAAUCAGACUGCCGUCGAUGUUUUCAGAAGGAUAAUUUUGGAGGCAGAAAAGAUGGAUGGGGCAGCUUCACAAGGCAAGUCCUCGUGCUCGGUGAUGUGAGCGCGCGGCCUGAGGACACUGGGAUUUGUUCUGCCUGAGGACAUGGCACCUGUCCUCAAAGGAAACUGCUUCUUCUCUUCUGUUCACCUGAGAGACGUCAUUGGGUCAGAGCCCCCCCUUUCAGAUUAUGUUCAACUCUGACUCUGUCCAAAUGAGUUCACUUCCAUUUGCAAAUUUUAAGCAAUCAUAUUUUCAAUUUAUAUAUUGUAUUUCUUAAUAUUAUGACCAAGAAUUUUAUCGGCAUUAAUUUUUCAGUGUAGUUUGUUGUUUAAAAUAAUGUAAUCAUCAAAAUGAUACAUAUUGUUACACUACUAUUAACUAGGCUUCAAUAUAUCAGUGUUUAUUUCAUUGUGUUAAAUGUAUACUUGUAAAUAAAAUAGCUGCAAACCUUCA